GAUGGAGGGCGCUCCGUGGGCGCCGCUCGCCCUCCGGCUGCUCAUCGUCGCGGCCCUGCCAGUCACCGGCUGGCUGACGACGGGCACCUUUGAGCCGCCGCUGUUGCCCCGAGCCCCGAAGGACAGCAUCAGAAUUAAUGUAACUACCCUGAAAGAUGAUGGGGAGGUAUCUAAAGAACAGGUUGUUCUUAACAUAACCUAUGAGAGUGGACAGGUAUAUGUAAAUGACUUCCCUGUAAAUAGUGGUGUAACCCGAAUAAGCUGUCAGACUUUGAUAGUGAAGAAUGAAAAUCUGGAGGAAAAAGGAUAUUCUGGAAUUGUCAGUGUAAGGAUUUUAGUUCAUGAGUGGCCUAUGACAUCUGGUUCCAGUUUGCAACUAAUUGUCGUUCAAGAAGAGGUAGUCGAGAUUGAUGGAAAACAAGCUCAACAGAAGGACAUUACUGAAAUCGAUAUUUUAGUUAAGAAUCAGGGAAUACUCCGACAUUCAAACUACACCCUGCCUUUGGAAGAAAGCAUGCUGUACUCGAUUUCCCGAGACAGUGACAUUUUAUUUACCCUUCCCAACCUCUCCAAAAAAGGAGAAAGUGUUAGUUCAUUGCAGACCACCAGCCAGUAUCUUAUCAGGAAUGUGGAAACCACUGUAAAUGAAGACGCUUUACCUGGCAAAUUACCUGAAACUCCUCUCAGAGCAGAGCCUCCAUCUUCCUAUAAGGUGAUGUGUCAGUGGAUGGAAAAGUUCAGAAAAGAUCUGUGCAGGUUCUGGUGUAGUGUUUUCCCAGUAUUCUUUAUGUUUUUGAAUGUCAUGGUGGUUGGAAUUAUAGGAGCAGUUAUAGUAAUAACCAUCUUAAAGGUGCUUUUCCCAGUUUGUGAAUACAAAGGAAUCCUUCAGUUGGAUAAAGUGAACGUUAUGCCUGUGACAGCUGUCAACUUACAUCCAGAUGGUACUGAGAAAACAGCAGAAAACCCUGAAGAUAAAACAUGUGUUUAAUACACCAUCUCAAAUCAUGGACUCAGAAUUAGUCUAUUGGUUCAAAUUUGCCGCUCGAAUAUAAUUUUCUUUAAAUCGUUAGGAAUCAGUUUGUACAGUAAAGAAAUUGCUAAACUCCUAAAACUGCCUAAAACUUGACCUUUAAAGUGAUAGUUAAAGUUCACCUUAUUAACGGGGCUGGCUGUUCAUAUGGUGAGUUAUUAAAGAAAAUUUAAAUGAAAUGGAAGAGAAGAUGUGAAGAAACUUUGAAACUACCAAAAAA